GAAAUACAGUGUUUUCAAGAAACUUUUUGCUCAAGUUCUACCGUAGUGAAUGCGAGUUUUUGAAUUUAUUGCGUAGUUUGUUCGUCGUGCAGUUUCACGUGUUCGAUUUUUCAUUUUCACCAAUGUUUUAGAAUGCUGUUCAAAAAAAUUGCACUCGGUAUUUCUGGCGGAGUUGACAGCGCCGUAUCGGCGUUGUUAUUGAAACGAAUAGGUUUCGAUGUCUCCGCGGUAUUCAUGCGUAAUUGGGAGAAGUCAUCUGAAGAUGAAUAUUGCGACGUAGAAAAGGAUAUCGAAGAUGCCCAAUGGGUUUGUAAGAAAUUACAAAUCCCAUUUUACGAAGUCGAUUUCACUAAGGAUUAUUGGGUGCACGUGUUCGAAAACACUAUGAAAGAAUAUCAAGCUGGAUUUACACCGAAUCCCGAUAUUAUGUGUAACGCUUCUAUCAAGUUCGAUCGGUUUUUUAAUCAUUGUGUUAAUGAACUCGAUUUUGACGCCAUUGCUAUGGGUCAUUACGUCAGAUCUUCGUUCGGCAGCUAUCUGGAGAAUUAUGUUGAGAAUCAGCCUGCCAAACUUCUAAUGGGUCGUGAUGGUACUAAAGACCAGUCGUUCUUCUUGUCACGGAUCGCUCAACGUGCUCUUCAAAAAACGAUGUUCCCUGUUGGUGAAUUCACGAAAUCUGAAGUAAAAGAAAUCGCUCAUGCAGAGCAGUUGCAUCGUGUUUUAGAGAAGAAAGAAUCUAUGGGAUUGUGUUUUAUUGGGAAAAGAAAUUUUCAAAGUUUUAUGUCUCAGUACGUUGCUGAUAAGCCAGGACGGUUUAUUGAUGUAGAUACCGGCGACGUAGUAGGAAAACACAAGGGUGUACAUUUAUGGACGAUCGGGCAGCGAGCUCGUGUAUCUGGAUCACCCGUAGUAUAUUUCGUCGUACAUAAAGAUGCACCUAGUGGUGAUAUUUUCGUGUGUAUCGGUCAAGAUCAUCCGGCUUUAUUCAGCAGAUCACUGGUACUUUCCGAUGAUCAAUGGAUGAUUGAAAAACCAGGAGAUUUGAUCGAAUGCGAAUUUAGAAUAUUUCACCGACGCCCGUUAAAGAAAUGUCACGUUAUUACGUUACCAAAUGGUAAAUUGUUGCUCGAAGUCGACGAACCGAUUCAUGUUGCUGCUCCUGGUCAAUUUGCGGUAUUUUACAAAGAUGAAGAAUGCCUAGGAAGCGCGAAAAUCAUUUCAAUCGGAUAUUUGGACUGGUUCAACGACCAAGUAUGUGAUACGAGAUUGUCUUCUGCGUGAAAACAAUUAGAUUUGGUUUAGCAGCUGGGAUCAAUGAUGUAAUUGAAAGCAGCAGAGAAAUAAGAAUAUCGUCGAGGUGGCUGGUGUGCUUGGCUCGUUGUGGAAAUGUGCAUCGUUGUAAUGGGUACCAAGUGUCGGACGUUGGCGAUGAACGAUUGUGAGACUCUUC